GUGCCUGUGUGCUGCUCGCAACCAAAGGGAAACAGCGUUAGAUCCUGGGCAGCUUCAACUUCUGCAGGAUGGCUUCUGGAAGGAUAAUUAAGCUCGUGGUUUUUGAGCUUCUUGAGUUUGCUGCGUUCUCCAUCCCUACGCUCGUGAUCAUGGAACAGUUCGCCGCUGCCUACCACAGGGCGAGGAACAUGUCCGAGGGAACGUGUUAUUGGCUGAUCGUUUCCUGCUCUAUUGCUUAUGUGGCUCUAGUGACUCUGUUGAUCUGGGUUCCCAUAAAAAUUCUCUUAUACAAGAAACGUCAUCUUUACAAAAAAAUUACUGGAUGGAGGCCUGUUCUGACGAUGUGUGUAGUACUCACUACACUCCCCAGCUUCAGCUUUUCUAUAGCAGUGACUGAGGUGCAAAAGAACACCAAUGGAUCCAUUGAUUUAUUACCUGAUUCUUUACCAGACCUGCCUGUGUCUCUUGUUCUGCUGUCCUUGAUUGUGGUUGACAUUAUUGAAAAGCUCAGGAUAUAUCCCCUUAGAGGGAGGGAAAAGAGUCACGAAGACAGGUACAUCCAUGCAACUUCUUUGCAACAAAUAAAAACUGUGACUGAGCAAGUGGGACAGAAUGAAGGAAAUUCUGCACUUUCCCAGGCAACCAAGACGACUGGGGUGUUGCCGGCACUGAGCCAUGUCACUGAGGCACCCCAGGAGCCCUCCUUUGACUCCGGAAUCCUAAAGAUAAUGUCUCAGAGAGACAUCCGGGCGGAGAUAUUCCUGUGGAGCUUUCUGCGGUGGUCUGACACCAUAGAAAUGGUGCGUGUGGCUGGUCACCCCAAUGUGUACAAAUCGGGCUGGCUGUACCCAGUCUACAUAUUCAGUUUCCUUUCUGUGCUUCGAAUUAUAUUUACUCCCCAAAAUCCUCUCCUCAAUUCCUUGAGUAUCCUGUUGCAGGAUUUGCCCUUUGUUUUUGUUAGAUUUAGUUUAAUCAUUGUUUUGGGGACCAUCACACCCAUAUUAGGGCUUUGUAAAAAUGUACUUGUGACUCUCUCUUAUGUUUACUUCAAUUAUUUAACCAAAUUCAGGCCUUUCUCUAGCUUCGAAACGUCUCUGUCUUGAAAAUGAUGUAAGAUAGUCAGAUUUUUUCAUUAUGGUUAUGUGAACAUUUCAAACAAUAUUUUCUUGGACUUCAACUAGAUAAAGAAAAAAGAUUGUAGUGAAUAAACUGUUUUAUAAUUAGCUUAUCAGUCUUUUAUGUUUACAGGUGGUGCUAAAUUUAAACAAGGUUGUAUGCUGGUAAAUUGGCUCUAUGGGCCUCUAGAAAAUGCUAGCAAUUAAUUUUAGUUAUGUGCAUUGGAUUUUUUAAAUCUAAAAACCAAUCUUUAUUGA